ACCCCCGCUACCUGCCCAGUCCCCGAAGCAAAUCGUGAGCAGGCUGCGAGCCAGCGGGGCCGAGCCCACAAGUUUGCAGCCUCGGAGAGGGCGAGAGCCGGCGUCCAGGGCUCCUCUUAUCGGCGACCGGAGCUCGGAAUGUGAUGGAAGAUGCUAGCCCUGAGGCUGCUCAACGUGGUGGCGCCCGCCUAUUUCCUGUGCAUCUCCCUGGUGACCUUUGCACUCCAGCUUUUCCUCUUCCUGCCCAGCAUGCGGGAGGACCCGGCGGCCGCGCGGCUCUGCUCGCCCGCGCUGCUCCACGGGGCUCUCUUCCUGUUCCUCUCCGCCAACGCCCUGGGCAACUACGUCCUGGUCAUCCAGAACUCCCCCGACGACCUGGAUGCCUGCCAGGGGGCCGCGGCCAGGAAGGCCCUGGGCCCCCCGCCCAGCACCCACUUCUGCCGAGUGUGCGCCAGAGUCACCCUGAAGCAGGACCAUCACUGCUUCUUCACCGGCAACUGCAUCGGCAGCAGGAACAUGCGCAAUUUCGUCCUGUUCUGCCUCUACACCUCCCUGGCCUGCCUCUACUCCAUGGUGGCCGGCGUGGCCUACAUCUCGGCCGUCCUCUCCAUCUCCUUCGCCCACCCACUGGCCUUCCUCACGCUCCUUCCCACCUCCAUCAGCCAGUUCUUCUCUGGAGCUGUCCUCGGUUCUGAAAUGUUCGUCAUCCUCAUGCUCUACCUCUGGUUUGCCAUCGGCCUGGCCUGCGCGGGCUUCUGCUGCCACCAGCUGCUGUUGAUCCUCCGGGGACAGACCCGCCACCAGGUGCGAAAGGGGGUAGCGGUGAGGGCCGGGCCCUGGCGCAAGAACUUGCAGGAGGUGUUCGGGAAGCGGUGGCUGCUGGGCCUGCUGGUCCCCAUGUUCAACGUCGGAGGUGAGAGCUCCAAGCAGCGAGACAAGUAGCAGUGGGCACGCCCAUCCUUCCUCUCGGGGUCUUGGCUCCUCCUGAACUUGAGAUCAUGGCACCUUUGUCUCCACCCAUGACCCACCACAACCUGGGUGGGUAAUGUCCUAGCAGCCACCCCUGGUCUGUGACAUAGAGAACAGCACUGGCCGAUGGAUCGACGACAAGGGUGGGAGGGAAAUGGCCCCCCAGGCAUGGUUACACUCUCCAUGGGCUAGCCCAGGCGGGUGGUAGGAGGCCUCUGCUUUUGUCUCUUUUCCUUGGGGCCCCUGCUUUGCCCCUCUGCCCACUUCAUCCACUCGCCCUGCCGUGUCUCCUGUCAUCACUGCCAUCUGCUAGAUCUCGUCCUCUAAGCCCCAUGUUGGGAGCAGGGAAUGAAUUCUUGUUGCUGAUACGAUGCUCCCUGGGACCUGGAGUCUGGCAAAAA